AUGUCCAUCAUCCUCAAAUUCACCAUCUUGGCAAUCUACUGCUACGCCCUCUUCAGUGAACAUGUUCCGGAAGCAACUCGGUUCAUAUUAGGUACCGCAUGUACGCUCGCCAGAUGCGACGACUUUAAGUCCUAUAAAACCGACCCGGCUCUCGAAAUGUGCAAACACAGUCUCGAUAUCCUUGCACAGCGUAUUCUUGAACUAGAGACCCGUCUCAAAGAGAGCAUGGACGAGGGUCGAUGGGCCCGAUUCACAGACCACGAAGAUGACCCUGAAUACGUGAAGGGGUUGAUGGCGUGCUUGUCGGAGCGUGUGGAGGAGAAGAAUCGGGGGGUUGGAAAGCGGGAGAGGGAGGAGGUAGAAGAAGGAGGGGAAGGGGAAGAAGAGGCUAAAGAGGGACGGGAGAGGGAUGAUGGAGAGAUGCGAUCAGAAUUAGAUGAGGCUAAGUGA